CAAAAAUUGCUGUUGUACCUGACUACACAAUCCGAUUUCGAGCGUUUUUCGUUCCAUGCAUUGGAUGAUCUGAUGUCCGACACUAAAGAGGGUAGGACCCUUUUCCUGAGGAACUUGUCAUUCGAUGUGGAUGAUGACACACUGUUUGCAUUUUUCGUCUCUUUUGCUCCUCUGGAGUUCGCAAAAGUAGUUAGAGACCCGGAAACUCGCCAUUCACGGGGCACUGGCUUUGUGAAAUUCUGUUAUGCAGAAGAUGCCUCCCGUGUGUUAUCCGAAAGUGCUGUCCCUGAGAACGCAUUGCGAUUCACCUUGGAGAACCGAACCUUACAUUUAUCCAUGGCAGUCCCGAGGGAUGAAGCCGCGAAACUCCGCACUUUCAAACAUGACGAUCUCUCUUCAGAGGAUGCGUCUCAUGGGAAGCCGCUUUCCAUGGCUGAACGAUUACGCCGCGGAGGACGCAACUUACACUUGGCCUCAAUAGGAAUGAUUCGAGCUGGAACUGCUGCCGCCGAGGGUCUAUCGGAGAGUGAUUUGGCUAAGCGGGUGGCUUUGAUGCGGGCGAAGAAAGCGAAACUGUCAAACCCAAAUAUUUUCAUCAGCGAUGUCCGUCUAUGUGUUCGCAACUUACCUCUUUCUGUGUCUGAUCAACGCCUUAAGCAGGCCUGUCUGGAUUUAUUGGGCCCUCAUUCCAAACAUCGCAUAACUGAGUGUCGAGUGAUGCGUAAUUUGGAACCAGGCAGACAACAGUUGCGCUCUUUGGGCUACGCGUUUGUUUCAUUCACAUGCCACGAGGAUGCUCUCAAGGUACUGCAUGGUCUGAACAACAAUCCAAAUAUUUUCCCCAAUCAGCGGCGUCCGAUUGUCGAAUUCUCCUUGGAGAACAUGCAAGCUUUGGAGAUAAAGCGUCGCCGGAUCGAAAAGUGUGCAGCUAUUCAGAUGAAACGAAAGAAUGCAUCCUCCGAAAGCAAUUCCACUCCUUUCGUUAAUCCUACAACUCCUCGAAAUCGUGGAAUUGGCCGUCCUGAAGCAAAACCUAACCGGAAAUCGAUAUCACGAAACGUAAAGAUGCAGCAUCGCUCUCGCGUUCUUCCGAAGAGAUUUGGUCCUAAACAUCGACAUCGCAAUCGACUGGGCCAACGUGGAAAAGCAAAGCCUGGCACCAACAAACUUCCAAAGGCCAAGGGACGCAUGUCGCGUUCGCAAAAACGAACGAAAAAGAAUCUAUAGCGUUGAGCCACGCCACAUCCCAACAUGUUCUAUUUUCUUGAGUGUACAUAUGUACCAAUUUGUCACCAAUCGAUUUCAUCUUCAUCGUACAUGCUUUAUACCAUUGUUUAUCUAUCAUCUUUUUAAUGGGUUGCCUUUGAUAUUGGGACUUUCGUAUCGUCUAGGUCGCUACAUGUACUGCCAUUUUAUCCGUCUAAGUGGUAGUAGCGACUUAUACUUGACAUAAUAUAGUUUUCUCUUGGCAGAACUCGCAGAGAUAGUAUCGGUCCUACUGGAACUAUAGAGCGCUCUCUUUUUCGCGUCCUUGCGUCUUGGUUGGUUGAACUGGAAUGCUAUUAGAUGGUAGUUACUUUUUCUUUUCCAUCUUCGUUAGAUUGCAACUUUAGCUACGGGGUUUACUCAUCAUCUGCUUGAUUGCUUGUCUUGAACUAAACAUUCGAAACACUUCGGGGAGAAUCUUUGUUGAUUGCCCGUAAACCACAUCACUUCACUUGUUUUUACUUAUUGUGGACAAUCAUUCUGGCACUUUAUGUCCUGUUUUCUUCUGCUGCUAUUGCGCAUACUGAAGCA